GUAUCUCUAUCAUCACAAGCUUAGACAGAGAGCAGAGAAGAGAAGAAAGAGAAAAAAAUGGCGGAAUUAGAGAGUCUAAACGUGAUGCCGAAGCUGAUCAGUUUCCUCUCCUCUCUCCUUCAACGCGCGGCGGAGUCGAACGAUCUGAACCCUUCGUUUCAGGCGCAGAAAGUCUCGGUCUUCCACGGCCUCACGAGGCCGACGAUUUCGAUCGAGAGCUAUCUAGAGAGGAUUUUCAAGUACGCCAACUGCAGCCCCUCCUGCUACAUUGUCGCCUACGUCUACCUCGAUCGCUUCACGCAGCGCCACCCUGCUCUCCCCCUCAAUUCCUUCAAUGUCCAUAGGCUGCUCAUCACCAGCGUCAUGCUCUCUGCCAAAUUCAUGGACGACAUGUAUUACAACAAUGCGUAUUAUGCUAAAGUAGGAGGGAUCAGCACAACAGAGAUGAACUUUCUGGAAGUAGAUUUUCUAUUUGGAUUGGGAUUCCAUUUGAAUGUAACUCCAGCAACUUUCCACAUAUAUUGCUCCUACCUCCAGAGGGAGAUGAUGGUGCAGCCUCAGCUCAGCAUCGCUGGCGAAUCGUCUCUAUAUACUGCAAGAUCAUCAAAGCUACUUCAUUUGUGUUUUAAUGAAGAUGAAGCAACUCAUCAACAGCAACAACAACAGCAGCUUGCUGUUUAAGGUUUUUUUUACUGUAGCUUAGGGUAGAAGUUAGUUAAAUUUAAUCAAGUCAUUUUCACUGUAUUUUUGGCCUUAUUGGUUAUGUUGUCACUCUUAUCUUGUUGUGAAAGUGCAUGUUGUUUGUGAGGAAUAUUCUGGAUAUUAGUCCAUUGGAAUGUACAGUUGGUUUGAUUCUUGUUCA